UGCUAUGGUGACAAAUAAACAUAAACCGCUUCACGUCAUGGCAACGGUGAAGAGCGCCUUCUCCUUCAACCUACUCCCACGAAAAAACUUUUAUUUCCUUCAGGACAAAUGUACUUUGCAACUCCUUAUGAAAUGGUCCAUGCUAGGCCGUCUCUCAGCCCAGGCCUACAGCUUUGACCAGACCUUCUUCCCCUAUAACUGCCACGACUUUACGCUGAGCUUUUUCAGAGACCCCUGUGUGCUGGCUAACCUCAGGAAGAUAGAGGCUGGAGCCUGGGUUCAGAUGAACAGUGAGGUAGUGUGUGUUGAAUCAGAAGUUGUACCUUGCACUAAGGUGAGUAUGGAGAUGUUUGACCCGCUGUUCUCCAGUGGAAUCAUCAGACCGUCAGGACACAUCGUCAAGUGUCUGCACAAUACACACAGCGACUACGACCUACUGAGACAGAUGCUGCAGGAGGAAGACAGUGAGGAGUACAGAGUGAUAGAAUUGGGUGAGCGGAGAGAGUUCCUGUUCUGUCUCUUUAAACAUCUGACUCUGGGAGGAGAGCUGUGUCAGUAUGAAGAUACCAUCAGCCCUUAUCUGGAAACUACCAGAACCAUCUAUAGAGACCUGGUCAGUGUUCAGAAGGAUCCAGAGACGAAGCAGAUCAGUGUGGUGUCCACAGUCAUCAACGUUUCUGCUCUGGAUGCGUCAGGUGUGUGUUACCCAUCCAGAGACAGAGAGGAUCAGACGUUCUGUUACCUCAUAGUGGAUCCCUUCAGACGACACGUCUGUGUAUUUUACCACUGCUAUGGAGUAGGAUCAUUCACCCUGUAACACGCACAAUCUGUAACACACAUUCUGUAACACACACACUGUAAACAGGUCUGUGUUCUACCACUGCUGUAGAGUGGGAUCAUUCACCCUGUAACACGCACAAUCUGUAACACACACAUUCUGUAACACACACACUGUAAACAGGUCUGUGUUCUACCACUGCUAUGGAGUAGGAUCAUUCACCCUGUAACACGCACAAUCUGUAACACACAUUCUGUAACACACACACUGUAAACAGGUCUGUGUUCUAUCACUGCUAUGGAGUAGGAUCAUUCACCCUGUAACACGCACAAUCUGUAACACACAUUCUGUAACACACACACUGUAAACAGGUCUGUGUUCUACCACUGCUGUAGAGUGGGAUCAUUCACCCUGUAACACGCACAAUCUGUAACACACACAUUCUGUAACACACACACUGUAAACAGGUCUGUGUUCUACCACUGCUAUGGAGUAGGAUCAUUCACCCUGUAACACGCACAAUCUGUAACACACACAUUCUGUAACACACACACUGUAAACAGGUCUGUGUUCUACCACUGCUAUGGAGUAGGAUCAUUCACCCUGUAACACGCACAAUCUGUAACACACACAUUCUGUAACACACACACUGUAAACAGGUCUGUGUUCUACCACUGCUAUGGAGUAGGAUCAUUCACCCUGUAACACGCACAAUCUGUAACACACACAUUCUGUAACACACACACUGUAAACAGGUCUGUGUUCUACCACUGCUAUGGAGUAAGAUCAUUCACCCUGUAACAUGCACAAUCUGUAACACACACAUUCUGUAACACACACACUGUAAACAGGUCUGUGUUCUACCACUGCUAUGGAGUAGGAUCAUUCACCCUGUAACACGCACAAUCUGUAACACACACAUUCUGUAACACACACACUGUAAACAGGUCUGUGUUCUACCACUGCUAUGGAGUAGGAUCAUUCACCCUGUAACACGCACAAUCUGUAACACACACAUUCUGUAACACACACACUGUAAACAGGUCUGUGUUCUACCACUGCUAUGGAGUAGGAUCAUUCACCCUGUAACACGCACAAUCUGUAACACACACAUUCUGUAACACACACACUGUAAACAGGUCUGUGUUCUACCACUGCUAUGGAGUAAGAUCAUUCACCCUGUAACACGCACAAUCUGUAACACACACAUUCUGUAACACACACACUGUAAACAGGUCUGUGUUCUACCACUGCUAUGGAGUAGGAUCAUUCACCCUGUAACACGCACAAUCUGUAACACACACAUUCUGUAACACACACACUGUAAACAGGUCUGUGUUCUACCACUGCUAUGGAGUAGGAUCAUUCACCCUGUAACACGCACAAUCUGUAACACACACAUUCUGUAACACACACACUGUAAACAGGUCUGUGUUCUACCACUGCUAUGGAGUAGGAUCAUUCACCCUGUAACACGCACAAUCUGUAACACACACAUUCUGUAACACACACACUGUAAACAGGUCUGUGUUCUACCACUGCUGUAGAGUGGGAUCAUUCAAUCAGUAACUCACAGACAUUGUAACACACACAAACACUGUUCCAAUGUUACAGAUGAUUAUUUAGGGUGGGGGAGGAAGCUCCUUCAGGGGGAUGCAGGUCUGUCUGUCUCCACUAGAGGGGGCUGACUUCAGUAGUUACUACAUGCCAGAUGUAUUACCUCAAGUUAUAGCCUUUAUCCUCUUCUGUUGCUCAGUAAAAUGUCAUUUUACUUUAAACAGUUUGUCAUUUUUUACAAUAAAUGUUUCUAUUAAAUGUG